AUGGCCGUCACCGCCAUCGAUAUCAUGCCCAAAAAGCCCUCCUCAUCUCCUCUCUCCUCCAACAACCCCUCCAUGAAUAAGCGCUUGCCCCCUCUGGCCGACAGGACCUCCCUCUCCUACAAACUCACCACCCUGUCCCGUCAGAAACUCGCCCGGGAGGCCACCGCCCCCGACCCGGACAUUCGUCGCUGCCUUGGUCACUUCCGUCUGCACUGCAUGUCCAUGGAAUGGACCCAGAAGGAUAUGUCGACGCGCAUCAACUCGUUCGACCUGGAGGACGACGAAUCCGAGAGUGAGGAGGAGGACCGCGACGAUGAAGACAAGAAGGGUCCCGAGGACCGCAAGGAUGAGGACCAGGACCGCCAGUCCUCUCCCAAGAACAACGAGUCGGCUGAGAAGACCUCGGAGCCUGAGAAGACCACCGUCCAGGUUACCUUCCAUGUGUCUGCUCCUGCAUCAGCCCCUCAAACAUCUACCGACAAAGAAGAGAAGGAGGAAAGCCUCCUCGAGAAGGGUCGCAAUUGUCUCGAGAAGACCGUCCAGAGGAAAAACUUCUGGCCUUCUCCUGGCCAGUGCCUGCCUGUGCGCAUUGCCGGCUAG